AUGUCCAGAUCGAGGGACGCACCAACGUUCGCGCGUGAUGCGCAACUGACAUCGAGGAGUCGCUCGCGUGCGGCCCGUAGCGUGUCGGCUUCCCACCCGUUCCCGCCUGAACCAGAGGUCGAGGCGGAGGUAUUCAUCCAUCCUGAAGACUCGGCGGCGAUAUUACCGCACGGACAUGAUGUGCAAGGGUCUUGCACAGAGGAGCCCAGCGGGAGUGACGACACAACUCUUCCUGAGGAGAUCGACGUGAAGCCGUGGUGGAGGAAGCCAUCCGCCUUGUGGAUCCUGUUCGUCACCCCGAUCCUCACCAUCGCACGCGCGUCGACCCAAGCUCCCCGCGUCGAGAUCUACAUCCAGCUCGCGUGCGACGCGUACAAGCCCGACACGUCCGCCGGGCGUUCUCUCUCCACGCUGCUGACGCUCGCAGGGGGCUCGGAAAGGUGGAAGUUCUGCUCGUCCGACCCGGACGUGCAGACUGCCGUGGCGCAGCUCGCGACUGCGAUGAGUAUCGCCAUGGGCGUCCUCGGGUGCUUGACGACUGCUUGGUGGGGUUCCAUGUCUGACCGCCGCGGACGCACGCGCAUCAUCGCCAUAGCCAUGACGGGUCAGAUGAUCGACGCUCUCGGUAUCCUAGUCGUCUGCACGUUCUCAAAGUUCAUUCCUGGCGGAUACUGGGCUCUCCUUGUCGCACCGACGAUAGCGGGCAUACUCGGCGGCGUCAAUACUGUUGGUGCUACGCUGAACGCGUACAUCGCUGACUGUACUGAUCUCACUACGAGAUCCCGCUACUUCUCCCUCGUCGUCGGCCUCGUCUUCGUCGGCUACAGCAUCGGGCCCACGCUCGGCUCCCUCAUCAUCACCUGGACAGGCUCGACCCUCUCCGUCUUCUACUUCUCCACGCUCAUCCACGGGCUCUACGUCCUCGCCGCGCUGUUCGUCAUCCCCGAGUCGCUGUCCGCGGCGCAGAUGGACGAGUCCCGCAGGGCGCACCACGAAGAGGGCAAGCAGCUUAGGGACAAGCGGGCUGAGGGCGGCAUUUCGGCGUGGGUGGGGAGAGCGUUUGGGUUCUUGAGACCGUUGGCUUUGUUGUUGCCUGUGACGGCGGUUACGCCUGAGGGGAAGAGGAGGAGGAAUUGGAGCUUGUUAUUGCUCGCGGCCGGAUAUGGGAGCAUGAUUUCUCUGAAGGGAGAUAUAACUUAUGAAUAUCAAUAUAUGUCGCUGACGUUCGGCUGGACGUCGAAGCAGCUGGGCUACUACACAAGUGCCCUCGGUACUACACGCGCCAUUUACCUCAUGGUCCUCCUUCCAUUCCUCAUGGCACUCCUGCAACGCCUGACCUCGGGGCGGGACCACCCCACGGGUACGAUCGACCUCGCCAUCGCACGGGGCUCGCUCGUCGUCGAGGCGAUCGCCUACGUCUUCAUGGCGCUCGCGCCGACCGGCUACCUCUUCACCGUCUACGCCGUGAUCAGCACGCUCGGCAUUAGCUUCACGCCCGCGAUCAACACCGUCGCGUCCGCGGUGUACAGCCAGCAGGGCGGGAAGGAGCUGGGGAAGCUGUUUGGCGCGCUGGGCGUCGUGCAAACGAUAUGUUCGCAGGUCUUGGGUCCGUUCAUAUUCGGUGUAACGUACAUGCGGACGGUCAAAACAGCGCCGAAGGCGAUCUUCGUCGUGACGAUCGCGGCGUUGGUCCUGUCGUUCAUCACGCUCGCGCCAAUCCGGCUGCAACAUCAUUCGCAUGAGGCGUCGGGAGGCGAUGUUGAAGGUCAGACGGUAGAGGAAGGCGAUGCGGUACUGGACGUCGAUGAGCGUGCGCCGCUCAUCCCGCCAGAGGAGUCAGAACGCGGCAGGAAGGUUGUCAAGUCAUCAUAUACGCAGUCAUGA